UUUAUAUUUCUUACAUGGAAUUCCGCCUUGAGUUGACUUAAAUUAACUGAUUUUUUUUUGUAUUUUGUCACUUUUAGUCUGGAACGUCUAGAAAUUGUAGAUUGUAGAUUCAAAAAAAAGUGAGAACGUUUCAUUGGUUAUUGUUUCAUACUUGAAAUACUGUAAAUAUUAAGUAACUUAUUAUUGAAAUGGAACCAAUGACUUUAGGUUCUCCAGUAGGUAGUCCAAUGCAAAGUCCCAGUAGUCCAAGUAAUAAUUCAGCAUAUCUUCCAAGUUUUUUGCUGGGUGAAGCUACUACUCCGGCAAGAUUAGGACCAAAUGUAGCAGAGUCAACACGAUUUUCAAAUGUAGUUAGUUCAAAUUUACCAUCGCCAAUUCCCAGCUAUUCAACUCCAGACUAUCGGCACAAUCGACAGAAAGCGAUAUUUGCAAAUGUCACAAGUCCUGGCAGUCCUAGAGUUGGAAACGAAAGCCAUGUCGGUGGUCCACCAACUCGAGGUCUCUUUGAUACACUAGACGUAACCCAGCCUUCGGAGCCAUAUAAAAAUAUUGAAAAUUUAAAUCUAUCCCGUAAUCAAGCUCGGAUGAACACGAAUAAUGUCAAUGAUUUAUUUUUUAUGGACAACAACACAAGUAUUAGCAACAACGAGCCAUCGCAAGGUCUUCUCAGGUGGAUAACAGUAUUUGGAUUUCCAUAUGAUGCCAUAAAUACUGUUUUAUCUCACAUAUCAAACCGAGUCCGCAUAGUUGAUAAGCAUCCAGCUCCUCAUCCACAAAGUAAUUGGAUUCAUUUGAAGUGUGCGACAGAACAAGAAGCUCAACGUGCGUUACUGUGCAACGGCAAUAUUGUAUCAGGGUCGAUAAUGAUCGGAGUUACGCCAUGUACUGAUGAAGGUGUUAUUCUAAACCCGGAUAAAGAAAAUCGCGGUAAUUUAAAUAGAAGUAUGAGAAUCUUUUCAUCCCCCACUAAAUUGAAUCAAAGUGCAGACUACAGUAAUGUCGUGCGUUCUCCAAAAAUACAAAACGCUCGGCCAUUGGCUACUGGUUAUAACCACCAUUUGAAUUCUCAAUCAGUUCGAUCGCCUGAAAAUGUUCCACAAAAAGCUUCUGGUAUUGUGUCUAAAGCUAUGGAAUUAGUUUUCGGGUGGUAAUUAUUUUAUUUAAAACUCGAUCAAUGUAAUUCUUUUAAUUGAUGAAUUUAUAUCGCGUCACUACUUUCAAAAGGACUGAUUUUUAUACGUUGGGUUUAGUCGAGCUUAAAAAAUCAAAAGGGCGUAUAACUAUUUUUUAAUCGCAAAUCAUAUUGUAGACUUAUUCUAAAAGUGAAAACCAGCAUCUAUAUGCGAAACAUUUUAAAAAUCUAGUCAUCCACUAGAUUUUUUAUUUUCUAAUUUGUUUUUUAUUGCGCAAAAAACUUUCCGAUCCUCAGGUACGUAAUUUACUCCCUUUUGGCUUUCAAAAUUUUUUUUUAAAUUUUUAAUUUUAGGUCUACAAUAUGACUUGCAAUUUAAAAAAAAAUACUCUCUUUUGGCGCGCAAAAUCUUUUUCAAAUUUUUACUUUUAAAAUGAGUCUACAAUAAGACGCAAUUAACAAAAAAUUAUACGUCUUUUUGGUUUUAAAUUCAGUGACUAAACUCAAAAGGGCGUAAAAAAAUAUAAGUAAUUUUGGAAUGAGUAACGUGAUAUCGAUGCUCACAUGAAUUUGUAUUUCAAAACAUUUCCGUUUUAGUAUAGGUUAUCAAAUAAAUAUUCAUAAUAAAUAAAUAAAUCAAUUUUAUAGCUAUAAUAUAAUUUUAAUAUCAUUUAUAUUGUAUUACUUAUUUGUAAUUAUAAAUUUGUGAUUAUAAAUAUUUAAAAGUUGGAACUUUU